UAGUGUUACGUAAAUAAACUUGUUAAAAAGAAAAAGAAAAACAAAAGAAUUCUACUACGAAAUCACCGCAACUUGUCAUACGAUCGAUUGCGUUUAACCAAUGAGAAACGCGAACUAAGAGAAUUCACAAGAUGAAUCAAAUUUCUGCUUCAACGAUUGGUGAAUAACGUGGAAUAAUAUGAAAUAAUGAUAAAUUCCCUAAAAAAUAAACUCUGAUUAGUGUUUGGAUUGACCAACAAUAUUUCGAUUAUCCGUUUACAUAUCAUGUGACCUUUUCACAUUUAUGCAAACCUCAGUAAUAUUUAGCUCACGAUUCUCACAGCAAAACAAUAACAAACCCUUGUCUCUUCUUAAAGGAUUAAAGUGAAGGUAAAAUCUUUCAUCAAGUGUGUGAUUUGGUGAUAUCAGGUGUCAGAAGAAAUUCCAUUGAAAUCUUUCGACAUCAUCUGGCGAUUGAUUAACAACAAGGAUCGAUAUUUCAUUAGUAAAAGGAAAUAAUCUUUCGAUGAACAUGCGAUGUUGUCGGUUAUAGAAAAUACUUGCUGACGAAAGUCAUGGUCAUCGUACAUGGAUAUCGUAAAAGUUAGAUGGUCCAGUAUGUAAACCUUUCACGCAGGCAUUUAUUCAGACUGUUUAAUAAACUGUGCAAACUAGUGUUCGUUAUUAUUAUAUGACCGAUGUUAAAUAAUAUUGACAAUUAAGUGUUUUAGAUUAAUUCUAAGAACGAAUAUUGACAUCAUAUAAAGCAGUGAUUAAUACGCGCGUCUUCCGACCACGCGUGUCUCGUUAGACAUGCGCUUCAUAUACUAAUUUAAUUUUAUCUAAUAUUGUUGUUUGUUUGUUUGUUUGUUUUUACUUUUCUUUCUCUCUACAGAUGUUAUGCGACAAGUUUUUUUUCAUCUUUUUUUUCCUACCCCUAAAAUAUCGAUCAAAUAAGUGACAUUUGCUGAGGAACUUGUGUUUAGAACAAUUAAGAGUUUUUUUUCAAAAUUCGUUUAACUCAAAUGUGAAAGAACUAGUAUCCAUUGUCUCUACUGUGUGUAUAUAAAUAAACUAUACUACAGGCUCGAGUAACGUAGUGAAAUAUAUAUGGUUUCGCGAAUGGAAGACGUUUGUUAUCCAGAACUCUUGUUGGAUAAUAAAGAUAACACAAUGGAUAGUAUAGUGAAACAUGAGCCUCCUCAAGAGAUGGGCCCAUCUUCUGCCUCUGUUCCAAUACCUGGAGGACAUAGAGGAACUAGAGGUAUCUACGAUCAAUUCUCACCUUCACCACUUCAAACUUCUAUUUGGAGUAAUAGGCCAGAAACUGUCGAAUCUCCCUUCAAAAUGGAUCCAGAAUUGGAAAUAUCUUGUAAAAUGGAUGACGAUGAUAUAUUUCAAGUGGACAAAUCUGACCUCAUACAUGGACCUACACUUGCUGAACUAAAUGCUAAUGACGAUACCCUUCUAGGAGAUUUAAAUUUUGAUGAUUUAUUAUUACCAGAAGAAUAUAUUCAACCAUUAAGGAUUGGAUCCAAUGUUGUUUCUGGCAAUUCAUUGUUUAAUAGCAAUGGACCUGGAUUUGCAUCCAGUAGCUUUCCACAAACUGGUACUGCGUAUCGAAGUUCACCAAUACAUACACAUAAUACUGGAUUUUUAUUAAACAGAGAUAUUAAUAUAACAAAUAACAUGGAUGGUGUCAGUUCUCCUAUUUUUAUCAGUCCAGGAACUAGCAAUGUUGCAGGUAGUUCUACAGCUAGUUCAUCUACUUCUCCUCUUGCUGUAACAAAAUCAAGUGGACCAUCUGCUCUCCAUGAGUUAUUAAUGAAACGAAAUGAAAGUUCUUUGAAUAAUCCAAUAAUUAGUCCAGCUGAUACAGCAUCUGUUACGGGUAGUAAACCUAAGGUUUCGAGGCUCUCUAUGUCUGCACCGACACAAUCCAUGGGUUUGGAACAAAUUUGGGCUCACAGAGAACCACGACAGCAUCUUUUAAGUACCGGCAGUCUCAGUUUAGUUGAAGCAGGAUCUACGAGUAGUUUAAGCACUGGUGGUGCUCUUAGUCCAGAUCCACUUGGUUAUUUAGAUCCUCUUAGUCAUGAUGAAGGAUACGAAGAUAGCGAUGAUGACAGCGACCAUUAUGACGAUUACAGCAGCGAUAAUGAUACCGGUGGUAGCGAUGCAGAAGACCAAAGCUUAGGCGACUCGGCAGAAAUAGGAAGGGAGGGUAAACACAAUAAAAAGGAAAGAUAUUUUUGGCAGUAUAACGUUCAAGCGAAAGGUCCAAAAGGUCAACGUUUAGUUGCAAGAUCACGACUUGAAGAUCCUCAUGUAUUAAACGAAGCUACAGAUCCUGUGUUCAGUCCACAUUGCGCCUUGAGGGGUAUCAAGCACAGUGGUAAAGCACGUAAAGGUGAUGGCAACGAUCUUACACCAAAUCCAAGAAAACUUCAUAGCAUUGGAAAAGAAUUAGAUAAGCUUACACGCGUUAUUAAAGUUAUGACACCUGUCUCCGAACUUCCAUUCCCAGCGAGGCCUAAAACACGAAAAGAAAAAAAUAAAUUAGCUUCUCGUGCCUGUCGUCUUAAGAAAAAAGCACAACACGAAGCUAACAAAAUAAAAUUACAUGGUCUUGAACAAGAACACAGACGAUUAAUUCAAGGCAUCUCACAAGCGAAACAAACAUUAGCAGCUAAACUAACGGAACCUAAUCCUGAAAAUCAAGAAGAAUUAACAAGACAAAUGGAAAAACAUUGCAAAUUGGCUACCAAGAUACGCAUAGCAAAUCAUUCAACUGAUUUUGUCAAUGAAGUGUUAAAGAAGGUCAAAGCUGGAGUACCUGAUGGUGGCCUUGAUGAUUUUUAAUAUAAAUGAAUCUUUUUUUUUUUUUUACACUUAUGUUUAUACUUAUGUACAGAAGAUUGUUAGAGGAGAAAUUGAAGAAGAGAGCGAGAGAGAGAGAGAGAGAAAGAAAAAA